AUCUUCCUAUUACCGCUGGACACCAGGAGCAGUCCUCCGGUCAUCGGAAUCUUCUCCCGGUGCUCAGAGUGCAUAUACCUGGCUGUCGGACAUGCUCAGAACUACAGGAAAGGUGGUUCCAUUCUACAUCACCAACAACAACUCCUCGGAGUUCAGGGAUCGGGUCUCAAAAUGUUCCUUUGCCAUAUUGUAUCACUCCAAGACCAGGGGGAGGCUCAACAUCACCGACGUCACCGACUCCCUCUAUGACAACGAGGUCACACACAUGUCAAAAGCCUUGGGUAAGGAGAAGGUUCUGGUUAUGAUGGAUGAUGUGGACGACAGCAGCGAUUGGGCAAAGAAGAACAUUCUCCAUAACCAGCCGACCAUCCUUAACCAGACCAGAGACCUCUAUCUCUUCACCAGGGAGGAGAAAGAGAAUAAGGAACGGAUCAAAGAGAAGCUGCAAACCCAUCCUGAAUACACUCACUCGGGCGUCAUCCAGUUAUCUGAUAUUAGAUGUGGUAGGGAUUCUCAUCCUGUAUGUGCCAUGGAUUCGUUAUUACAUCAGUGUUUAUCACGGCGCUACCUUGAUAUUAUCUAAUAUUGGUGGUUCAUUGCUGCUCUCUGACUUCCGGCAUCCCUCCAGAUUGGACUUCUCAAAGACAGGCCUCCUCACUCUUCUGUUGGUGAUGGUGUUGGAAUUAUUGGAUGUGAAUUGGUAUCAGCCAGUCGUGCAAUAUGUCUUUUUUAUUGCGCAGUUGGUUUCCUCAUUGCUGUACGCAUAA